AUGAGUGACGGUGAUCAACAGUUAGAGGAUUUGUUUGCCUCCCUGAGGGAGGUUUCUAAGGGCGCAGACCGCGAGGAGAAGAGUGGAGAAUCGGCAGAACAGGACGAUAAUGUUUUGCAAUUGGAUCACGACAAGAGGGACACGGAGCGUAUUUUCCGGGACAUAGAGGUCGGGUUGAAGAAACUGCCGAAGCUGGAUACUGGGUUUGACUUGCUCGUUACUGGCUGCCCGGAGAAGGUGCGUCCUGACGGUCUGCUCGAGGACGGGACGAACGUGCCGACGAAACGGUCAGUCAGUGACGACUGGUUUACGCUGCCGAAGCCUAGCGAUGACAAGCGUCGUGAAUUGCAGAGGGAUCUGCUUUUGAUCAAGCACCGUGCAGCGCUGGACCCGAAAAGACACUACAAGAAGGACAGGUGGGUUGUCCCGGACAGGUUUUCCGUUGGUACGAUCGUGGAGGACAAGACGGAGUUUUACAGUAGCCGGUUGACGAACAAGCAGCGGAAACCGACGAUCUUGGAGACGAUGAUGGCUGACGACGCGAGCAACAAGUACUUCAAGCGGAAGUACGCUGAGAUCCAGCAGCAGAAGAUGAGUGGAAGGAGGGGGCACUUUAAAAAGACGAAGGACGCUAGGAGGAGGUUCUAA